AUGGCAAGCCCCUCCAACACGAUUAUUAUCGCCGAUGACGAGGAAUUGCCAAGCCUCGAGCCAGGCAGCUCACGACCUCAGAGGGCCCCUCGCCGUGAUUACAGUUACCGAGAUUUUGAGAGCAUGAUCGUUGAAGCAGUCGAUGAUGAGACAGAAUCGACACCAUCACGCAAACGCAAAAGAGUUGAAACGAAGGAGUCGUCUGCUUUGGAUAACGCCUUUGAAGAGCUCCGAAAGGCAGUCAGCCAUAAAAUGCAACGGCUACAAGAGAAAAAUCGCACGCUUCGAGAUGAACUUCGCCAGGAGAGGGAGAGGAACCAAAAUACAGAAGCUGAACUUUCCCAGCAAAGGGAGAAGCGUAUUUUAGAGUGCAGUCAGUAUCUGCUAUAUGCAGCCAGAUCGCUGGGUGUUCCUUCCAUGUGGGCACAUGGUCUGCAGGUCAUGCGCAGGAAGUCUUGGAACAACGGAGAAGUGCCCUAUCUGCCGAGCACCAAUCGCGGGAUAUAUCGGAUGCUACCCUUUUGCAGGAUAAAGCAUAUAUAUCGUGUUGCAGGUCUAGUUCAAUGACUCGUGUUCAAGCCGUUUUUUCGUGUUGCGUCCUCCUCCCACGUACUUUCGGCGAGAUAGCAGAAAGUAUUAAUAUCACGUGGAGAAGCCCUAACUACGCGCCGUCUUAGCGCCC